UAUCUUUGCAUAUUUUGGCAAAGCUUACGUUCGGAAUAUUCCUUUGUUCCAUCUCGACAUUCCUCAAUUUCUGCCAUAUCUUAAAGCUAACUGUUCCAUCCAAUCCGAUGGACAAACCCUAGCCAUGGCUCUCAGGCGGUGCUGUUCUCUACUCUCUGGCCUCCUCUGUUUUGGGUUUGGGUUUGGUCUGCUCGCCGUUCGGGCUGCCAUCCCCACCACCUUGGACGGUCCCUUCGACCCCGUCACCGCUCCUUUCGACGCCAAUCUACGCGGCAACGCCGUCGAUUUGCCUGACUCUCACCCCAGCCUUCGUCGCCGGGUAAAGGGUUUCGAGCCUGAGCAGAUUUCAGUCUCCCUUUCUUCUGAUUACGAUUCCGUUUGGAUUUCAUGGAUCACAGGGGAAUACCAAAUUGGUUUCGACAUAAACCCAUUAGACCCUAAAAGGGUAUCCAGUAUUGUUCAUUAUGGGAAGCUAAGAUAUCCAUUGUCCCAUGAAGCAGAAGGAUAUUCUCUCGUUUAUAGUCAGCUCUAUCCUUUUCAAGGCCUGCAAAAUUACACUUCUGGGAUUAUUCAUCAUGUUCGCCUAACAGGAUUGAAACCAAGUACAAAGUAUUAUUACCGAUGUGGAGAUCCCUCUAUACCAGCCAUGAGUCAAAAAUACCAUUUCAAGACUAUGCCAGUGUCUGGUCCCCGGAGCUAUCCGAGCAGGAUAGCUAUCGUGGGAGAUCUUGGUCUUACUUACAAUACAUCUACCACUAUCAGUCACCUGAUUAGUAGUAAUCCCGAUCUUGUUCUUUUGAUCGGGGAUGUAACUUAUGCAAAUUUGUACCUUACAAAUGGAACUGGCUCGGACUGCUAUUCUUGCUCUUUCUCAGAUACUCCAAUUCAUGAGACCUAUCAACCUCGCUGGGAUUACUGGGGAAGGUUUAUGCAGAAAUUAGUUUCUAAAAUUCCCCUAAUGGUUAUAGAAGGUAACCAUGAAAUAGAAGAACAAGCCGGAAACCAGAGUUUUGUGGCUUACAGUUCUCGGUUUGCAUUCCCAUCUGAAGAAAGUGGAUCUUCAUCUACGUUCUACUACUCCUUUAAUGCAGGGGGAAUCCAUUUUAUCAUGCUUGGGGCUUACAUUGCCUAUGAUAGCGCUGCGAACCAGUACAAGUGGCUGGAGCAAGAUCUGGCUAAUGUGGACCGAUCUACAACUCCAUGGUUGGUAGCUACUUGGCAUCCUCCUUGGUACUCUAGCUAUAAAGCCCAUUACAGAGAAGCAGAGUGCAUGAGAGUGGAAAUGGAAGAACUACUUUACUCCUACGGUGUUGACAUAGUGUUCAAUGGACAUGUUCAUGCCUAUGAACGGUCAAAUCGUGUUUAUAACUAUACAUUAGAUCCAUGUGGUCCUGUGUACAUAACUGUUGGCGAUGGAGGUAACCGAGAAAAAAUGGCGACUGAGUAUGUUGAUGAACCGGGUAACUGCCCCGAGCCAUCAACUACUCCUGAUCCAUUCAUGGGUGGCUUUUGUGCAACAAACUUUACUUCUGGCCCAGCAGCAGGAAAAUUCUGUUGGGACAGACAACCUGAUUACAGUGCUUUUAGAGAAAGCAGCUUUGGCCAUGGAAUCCUUGAGGUGAAGAAUGAGAGUUGGGCUCUGUGGACAUGGUACCGCAAUCAGGACACUCAAAAAGAAGAGGGAGAUCAAAUUUACAUAGUGAGGCAACCUCAUAUUUGCCUUGGCCAACAGGAGGGACGCAACCGAGGGUAUGCAGACACGUGAAAGCCGACUAAACCGACUAAACGACUCUGACUUCUUCAAUCAAAAUAUUACAAUUGACUUCUUGAGACCUCUCUUGAAGAACCCUUUUAUGAAUUGUGUUCAACUUUUCGGGGAUGGAGUGCAAGGAAGUUCAAAAUGGUUAUAGAUUGAUACAUGGUUAAACUUGAACACUGUGAUUAAUGUAUACUGAUUUGUAUUGUAUGUUGUUGUUGUAAGAGUAGUCAUAUUACAGAUUAUUGGAGGGUCGAGUGAUUUUGUAUUGUAUUGAUUGGAACAAGCAUCAGCUAAUGUACAAAGGGUUGAUAUUAGGAUAAA